CACUGUGAAGACAGUGAAGCAUGGUUGCUCAAGCAUCAUGAUAUGGGGAUGUUUUCUUAUACUAUGGUGUCGGGCCCAGUCAGGGGCGGACUGACAACUCAUGGGGCCCCCGGGCAAUAGGGGAUCAUGGGGCCCCUGUGUCCUUGCCCAAACUCAAAAAAGCCUGUGAAAAAAGGUACCAGGGGCAUCUCAUGGGGCCCCCUACUGACCCCGGGCCCUCGGGCAGUGCCCGAGUUUCCAAAUGGUCAGUCC